AUGUAAUUGGAAAUUGCUAUAUAAGUGAUUUGCUCAUAUCCAUUUUCAGACGUCACCAUUGAGAUGCUCUUAGAUGAGUGUUUUGAAUAGCACAAAAGCGACCCCAAAUUCAUUAUGGCAUUCCAUAAGGCAUUACAAGAAGUGGCUAUUCUUUAAGAAUUCAGACAAUUUUUAGGCACAAGAUCCUUAUUCAAUAAAUAAAACCGUCAGCUAUCACAUAACAAUAAUAUUACCUCAAUACUUAGAGAGUAACUGAAACAAGGGUCAAUCCCUUUUAGCAGAGAAGUCAUAGAAAGAUUAAUAAUUGCAAAACGAUUUUCAGUAAAAUUUAUUAUCCCAAUAUUUACUCUAUCCAAAGAGUACAAAUUUGAUCUGGAAUAAAUGGCAUCUAUAUUUAAACUUUUCCUAAUGCAUACCAAAAAUGAAGAAUUCUAACUCCAAAUUAUUGAUAUCUACGAAGAAUUAAAAUUGUCAGUACUUAAAGAUCUCGAAUGGAUUGAGGAACACAAUUAAGAAUUAGAAGAUUAUUUCAUAUAAAAUAAAAUUAAAGUCCCUUAAAAAUUAAUCUAAAGUAAAUUGAUGCAUAUAAAAAAUAAAAACAAAAAAUUGCUGCACCAACAUUUCAUUAAGAAAUGCAACAUGAAGAGUGAAACAGAAAGUGAUUCUUUAUCUGUUAGUCCAGAACAACCAAAAAUAAUAGAUUACAAAACUAAGAUUUAAUAAUGGCUUUGUACAAAAGAAACCCCUGUUAUUGAUUUGGAUAAUUAUGUCUAUUUUACUAACUCCGAAAAUCUAAACUCUCUUCUUUCUUUUAUUUUGAAUCCAUGUAAAAUUGAUUUAAUUGCGGAUUGGGAAUUGACAUUCACAGAUCUAGAGGCCACAUUCAAAAAGAAACACUUUAAAAAUCUUCCCAUUAAAUUAGAUAAAUUGCAAAUCAUUAGAUCAUAUAAAACUGUCUUAUUAUUUCAAAACUAAAACAAUAUUCGUCAAAUUGAUAAACUAUUAACCACCUUUGUUGAAAUUUCAUUUAGAAGAAUAUAUGAUUCCUUAAUUAAUGAUGAAAUUAACUUAAACAUUAAUCACUUAAUUAAUUUCCUUGAAUAAUUGAUACUUUUAAAUCCAUAAAAGAGUGCCUAUUAGAUCUUAGAAUACAAUCUAUUAUUUACCUUCUCACUUUAUAUUUAUAACCAUUAAAUGACUACCUUCAUAGGAGACAUGUUGAGCUUAUGGAUAGAUAAAUUUAAAUUUGGUUUUUAUUUAUAAGAACAAAUAUGGAAAUAUUUAGAUUAUACAAAUUGGUUUAACUUCCUCUUUCAAAUUUUAUUGAAACAACCUUAAAGAAAUGAGUAAUGCUAUUAGGAAUACAAAACAUUAAAAAUUGAUGGCAUAUUGGCUUUUGUUAAAUUGUUAAAAUAGCCUGAAAAAACCUAAUAGACAUAGAAUGACUUCUAGAAUUCUGUCACCAGUCGAUAAGAACCGCUCACUCCGAUCGAAUUUUCAGAAGAAUAGCAAAUCUUAAAUUCCUCAUAGUGGAUGUUGGACAAUAACUCUACAGCAAAUUAAAUAAUGGAAGAUAUGAGUUAGAAAGAUAUAGACAAUCUCAAGUACUUUAGCAUUGAGAAGAACAAAUCAAUUAUGACAGAAUUAUAGGAGUCUUCACCUUUAAGAAUUAGAAUUUUAUAAUCCUCUUAUAAUAAGGGAUUUUAUGGCUAAUCAUCAGACAUAACUAACAAAGCUAUCCUCUCUCCAAAGGGGAAGAUGAAUCAUAGUUCAGUUAGUCUGCCUUCAAUAGACAAUAAAGCACACAAGAGUGAAAGUGUUGAUUCCUAGAAUUGCCAAAAUUAUGCAUCAAGAUAAAGGAAUAAAACUUAUAUCAUAUCACAAGAUGGGUUUUCUACUACAAAGCUUAUUUCAAUUUAUCCAAGAAGAAAUAUCGAUUUAUAGUUCACUCACUUUGAAACUGCUUAAUCAUUCUUUAUUUACAAUAAGCAUACUUUAAAAAGUUGUACUAGAGUAUUUAAAAUUUUGAAUGACUCUAUAUUCAACUCUCUUUAUUAUUAGGAUAAUUUGGUAAAGGAUUCUUUUUAGAAAUAACAAUUCUUAAAUCUAGCUUAGAGAAAUUUCAUUAAUGAACGAACUAUCCUAACGUUAUUUCAAAUUUAUUUAUAUGGAAUUUUCGAUGAGGAAAGUAAAGUGCUUUAGAAAUCGUCAAUUGAAUGUGGUCUUAUAAUAAAUGAGAUUUAUAAGAACUCCUUAUCAUUGCAAGAAAAAUCAUUAAAUAAUUUACUCAAAAACUGUUUUAGUUAAGUUGCUGAUUUUGUGAGUAAGAAAUUAAUAGAAUUAAACAAUUUUACAUAGCUAACUGACUUUAAAUUCAAAUAAUUUUUAUUAUUUAGCACUUUAGUAAAUGGCUUGCAAUAUUUUGAUCUUUAUGAUCCUAAUAGGGAUGAGAAGAACAUUUAUAAGUACUUAAAUGAAACUGUGAUGCAUAUACUAAUAAUAUGGUUUUUUAAUAGUCAUUAAAAUAACAUUUUCUAAUCGAACUUUGUUAAAUUAAUCGCCAUCCUUUUUUCUCGGGCACCUCAAUAUUAAUUGUAGAAUCUAUUGUUCCAUGUUGGUUUAUUGACAUCACUUUUUAAUGGAAAUGGAUGCAAAAAUAUAGACUAUGUUGAAAGUUUAUACAUGAACAUUAUGUAUUUAAUAUACAUAAUAAAUGCUAAUGUUUACUCAAGAUAACUAGCAUAAUUAAUUUCAAAUUUAGAAUCAUCAGCAUCAUGGAAAGGCAUUUAAUAAACUAUUUGUGAGGUGUAAAACAAUUACUUGAAUCAAUUAAAUUAAUUAAUGAAAUUGGACAGAUCCUAUUCAGUUAAAAAAAUAAAAUCUAGUUAGAAGAUCCUUCUGUAGCCAAACUCUAAAGAUUCAAUUAGGCCUAAAAAUGACUCUAAGAAUGAUAAUUCUUAAUUAAAUGAACUUUUAAAAUAAAAAUCAAUAACUAAGGAAUCAUCACCUGUUAAACAGUAAAUGUAGAUCAAGAAAUUAAUUAGAUAUAGAACUAAAAAUAGCAUAAAAGCAUGA